AUGAAAGCUGGAGUGCAAUCUGACAAGCAACAAAAAGUUGUAAUUCGCUCAUUCUACGGUCCUAAGUACGAUGAGUACGGACGUCUUAUCUCACUGCAAGAGAACCGCGAGAACUUUGUUGAGUUGGAUGAAUUCGUUUAUGAGCUGACUGUUGGGGAAAAUGUGAUCAAACGCUCAUCCGAUGACUACCUCUGGACUGUGAAGGAUCGCACCACUUACACAGAAUUGUAUCACUACGUUAUGGCUGCCUUCGAUGGCAAAUACGAAUUGCCAUUAGACAUUAGCGAACCACACUCUGGUUUCCCAGAUCGUCUUCUCUUACCUAAGGGUUGGGAGAGUGGAUUCCCUGUGCAAUUGUUCUUCCACAUUGCGCCCUACCAAGCAUCCGUCGAGCAAUACUCCAACUUCGACUCAAGCUACAGCAGCGGCAUUGGUUCCGGCACACGUUAUAUUGACAACAAACCAUUCGGUUAUCCAUUAGAUCGUCCAAUUGAUGAAUCCGAACUGCUUUCAAUAUCUAACACCUACUUCAUGGAUGUGAGCAUCUACCACAACAACACCCUCAAGCAAUACUACAAGGAAUACGAGAACUUCGGUCACUUUGACUGCAGCUUCUACAAUAAUUACUACACCAAAUACUUCCAACAAACUUAAUAUAGGAUUGGAUAUAUUUAAGUAAAAUAAGGAAAUAUUGUCAAGUGGCUCUGAAGUCAUGAUUUAGUAUUGUAAGUGUUAAAGGAGCAAAAG